UCCAGUCCAGUCCAGAUUUCACACAGUACAACACAACACUGCCCAGCACACAGCCCGGUGCAGAACAGCACAGCAGAGCACAGCACAGCAGAGCCAUGCCGGUGGACUUCAAUGGGACCUGGGAGAUGGAGAAGAGUGACAACUUUGAGGACUACCUGAAGGCGCUGAACAUUGAUUUUGCCACCCGCAAGAUUGCAUGCGCCCUUGCUCAGACCAAAGUCUUAAUUCAGGAAGGCGACAAAAUGACAAUCAAGACCCUCAGCACUUUCAGAAACUACGAGCUCACCUUCACCAUCGGAGUAGAGAUGGACGAACACACCAAAGGAUUGGACAACAGGGUGGUCAAGGCCCUGGUGAACUGGGAGGGAGACCGACUGGUGUGCACCCAGAAGGGGGAGAAGGCCAACCGGGGCUGGAAGCACUGGAUAGAUGAUGGUAAACUGUAUCUGGAGCUGACAUGUGAGGACAAGGUCUGCAUACAAGUGUUCAAGAGGAAGGAAUGAGGUUGAUCUCUCACUGAAUAUGAUGGACAACACCACCAAUAACUCAUCUGUUGGGAUCUCCUGAAUGCAAGGAAAUAUGUACAUUCUGCUGUAUAUAUCAGUAUGUAUAGAACAGUAAGAUGAUAAGCAUAUAUGAACUACAAUCUAAAUCAAUGUAAAAUACAUGUCCAUUUAGUUUAGUUCAUUCAGAUUAGUGUACCUCAUUCAAAUGCAGUUAUUUGAGCAUAUUAACAAAUGCAGGCAAAACAUUUGCCAAUUUACUUACUAAAAUAUAAUAAGUGGGGAAAUGAAUGCAUUAUAUUUUGUAAGGUCAUAUGCCAAGUCCAUUAUGAUACAAUGUUGCCUCAGGGCAACAUGCAGUUUUUUGUAAUUUCCUGCACCUACAUUGAUAUGUUAUGCAAAGUUGUCAAUAAUACAUCUUUACUUAUCAAUAAAGCUUACUCGUAUA